AUGGCCGAAGGAGGAGAUACAGGGGCUAAUCCGCCCAACCCUCAGCUGGGUGUCGUCCAACAACAGCAGAGGCAGAACCAGCAAGAGCAAGCUGAACUGAAUCCACCUGCAAGGCAAGCCACCUUGAGGGAUGAAGAUGCUCACAACAGGCUAUUUGCGAAUCGUUCUGCGAUUCAACCUCCUGCUCCUGCGAGACAAGACUAUGAGAUUAAGCACAGUCUCAUCAAUUUGGUUCAGAACCGUGUGUUUAAUGGAUUAGCAUCAGAGAGCCCUUUGGACCAUAUUGAAGCUUUUGAGAGAUUGGCUAGUACAACAAGGUCUAAUGGAGUUCCAUAUGAUUACCUCAUGUUGACUUUGUUCCAAUUCUCUUUAGGAGAUAAGGCUUUGAGAUGGCUAAAUCUCUUGGACCGAGGAUCACUUACCACUUGGGAGCAGUGUAGAGCAGCGUUUUUAAACCACUUCUACACUAAGUCACGAUCCGCUAUGUUAAGGAGCAAGAUCACUACCUUCUCACAAGGUGAGAAUCUUAUGAACAUCUUCUAUGGAGGAAUUGACCAGAAGUACCAGAUGGCACUCGAUACUGCCAGCAGAGGAGAUUUUUCUACUAACACUGCCGCUGAAGCAAACCUCUUGAUCGAAAACCUUGCAGCGAGUAACAGCAAUCAUAGCCAUGAGUAUGAUCGUUCUGUGCGUGUUGUUAGCUCCGUGAAUACAGAUGUUAUUAAGAGUCUCACUGCCAAGGUAGACCUUCUUUUGAAGAGAGAUCAGCAAGCUGUCAACAUGUGCGACGGGCAGACGGGUGCGUAUCAGCAAGUUGGAGUGAAUUCAGAUUUUGAGGGAACAGAGGAGUUGAACUAUGUAGGAGGACAAGGGAACUAUCAGAAUCAUGGGUUUAAUCAGAAUUAUAGAAAUCAUCCUAAUCUCUCCUACAGAAGCACCAACGUUGAGAAUCCUCAAGAUCAAGUGUAUCCUCCACAUAAUCAACAAGGUAACUUCCCACAAGGAUUUCAGAACAGAGGUGUUGGAUUUAAUAGCUCAAAUACCCAAGGAUACCACGCUCCAUCUGCAGCUCCACAAGAUAACAAACUCGAAUUGAUGAUGCAAGCACUGUUGGAGGGCCAUAAGAAAAGUUCUGCUGAGAUUAAUGUCAAGAUUGAUAGCAUGUACAAUGAUUUGACUGGGAAAUUUGAGAGGUUGAGUUCACGUGUUGAUUCCAUUGAUAAGAGAGUCUCUGCUAUUUCUUCUAGCUCUAAGAACAAAGAGUCAUGCAAUGCUAUAACACUCCAUGGUGGGAUCAACUCAUUUUUGGCUUCCGCAGAGACGGGAUCGAUCAAUCCUGAGACUAGACCAGCCGGUCCCAUCCAUUCUGAUAAUUCGAGUUUGAUCCCCAGAGAAGUUGGAUCGACCGAUCCCCCUUAUAGAUCGAUUGAUCCCGUCAUUGACGAAGAACUUGUCUCGGAAAGUCUCAGAUCGACCGAUCUACGUACAGAACGGUCAGUCCCUGUUUUAGGUAUGGAAAAUUCCAGCUCGUUUGUCUCUGAUACAGAUGCUAAGGAAUCACUUCUUGUGGAACCAAAGCCCUAUAGGCCACAAAUUCCUUUUCCAAGAAGACAUGUGAAGAAACCUCUGGAUGAAAAGAAGUAUGAUCGGUACAAAGAAGUUAUGAGUGAGUUCACAGCUGACCUUUCCUUUACAGAGGCAGAAAAGCAUAUCUCUUUGUUUAAGAAGGUUUACAAUGAUGUUGUGGUUGAAGAAAAAGAUUUGGUGGAGGUUAAGGCGUUUUUGGCUCUAGAGAAGAAGAACAUUCAUGCUCCAGCUUUGAAAAGACUACCCAAAUUAGAAGAUCCAGGAAAAUUUGUUGUUCCAUGCUCCAUCUUAGGAGUGAACUUUGAGGAUUCCCUUUGUGACACUGGAUCCAGUGUGAACGUAAUGUCUAAGGCUGUUGCAGAGAGGUUGGGGAUUGAUGAUAUGAAGGCUUCUAAGAUUUUCAUGUUGUGGAAAUGA